AUGGCAGACUAUUUAUCACGCUCUCCGACCGAUGAAUUCGAAGAAGAUCCAGACGAAUACACCAGUACAUCGUCACAAUCUACACAAACCGAUGAUAUACACCCAAUUCAAACUCAAAUUCACCAGAUCGUCGGAUCGGUGACGACACGCGCUCAAGCAAAACAAAGUUUUCAAGGUGAUAAUAAGAGGAACGCGGUAUUAGAUCGUUCCUCCCAAGCAUGA